UCACUCAAAAUCACUAAAGAAGUCACAAGUAAUAAAAUAAAACAUCAAGGCGUUGAUUAUUCUGAUAACGAAUUUUCAUCAAUUCACGAUGCCUGCAACGAAAGAUAAUGAGGAUCCAUACGCACAUGUUGCAAAGGGAGCCCUGAAAUUGAAGAAUGACCAAACAGUGAGCAAAAAGAAAAAGAACAAAGAUGGUAAAAAUAAGAAGUUGGUAGAGGUCUCAAAGAUUAUCGAGGAGGAGAAAUCUGAAAAAAAGGAAGUGAUACGAACAAAAGCAGAAUUAGCUUUUCAGAAAAUGCAAGAAAAGAUGCAAACUGAAAGGAUCAAACAAAAAGCUUCUAAGACUCACAAACAACGAGUGGAAGAAUUUAAUCGACAUCUGGAUAGCUUAACCGAACACUUUGAUAUACCUAAAGUGAGCUGGACAAAAUAAGUUUCAAUUUAUCUUUCAAUUAUUUACAAUUAUUUAUAUGUAUAUAUAUUAAGAAUAAUUAAAUCAUGCUAAAAAUAUAAACAUAAUUAACAUUAAUAUAAACAUAUAUAAUUGA